AUGGUUCACAGGGUCGUGGACACUAGCCCUAAAAGUCACAUUGCAUUGCUAUCUUCUUUCCAACAGGUGUCUUUGGCACGAGUGAAGCACACCUUCCGAGGGAUUUCUGUAUAUAAAACAACGUUGUAUUCAAAGGAAGGGGAUGCAAUGAUCGCUAUUCGCCAAAACACUUCCGGCCCGACCUCUACCGUCACAGCAGCGGAGGCGACCAACGGCGCUUCCCUUGGAAUCGGGUCUUCAAAUAGCGCCACCAAGUCGACUUUGGAAUGGAUUUUUAUUGCCUUGGUCUGCAUUCUCAUUCUGUCUGUAAUAUCACGGAGAAUGAUGCAACUGAGAGCACGUCAAAUACCUGUGUGGAAUUUCUUUAGAUCCCCCAGGCCCGUUCGUGCACACUCCGUUUCUACGCCAGGGUAUACGUUGCCUCGGUUAACUAGUAUACCAACGGCUUAUCACCCUCCGGCACGCAUGCGGGCAGUGGGUACUGCUCAGGAGGUUCAGGGCGACAAGGAUGCUCUCCCGGCUUACGAUAACGCCGGCGGUCCACCCAAAUACGACGAGAUUGGGUCGACGUUCAUGCCCCGGGUGGACUCUGAGAGAGUACCAUCGGUUAGUAACACGAUUAAUACGCGGCCGACAUUCGGGUCCGAAACCCACUCUGCUGGCCCGAGAAGUUAAUAAUUCUCCCUAUAUCGUUACUUACGAUAUUUCGCCACCGUAUCUCUACCUGUAUUGGCCUUCAUCUGCUCCUCGCUUCUUUCCCCGCCUUCAAUGGCUUUGAUAUCUGCGGCGUUGGAGGAAACAUAUGAGCCCUAUGGUGCAGACGCUAUUUUAUUAGCCGGACCGAGAUUAAAAAUAUGGUUGAACUUGAAACAAAUGAAAGAAAUAACAAAGUAAUAUUGCAGGCGUAGCACUCGUGGCGAGCUCGAGACCGGCG